AACGGACGCUAAAUAUAUGGUCAAAAUGAAAUCAACUUUCUAAUGCUUUUUAAAAAAUGGGAAAUCUUUUGCGUUUGCUCACUGGAGCAAGUGAACAGGAUUCCAAAGAUAUAUUUUUAGACUUUGAAAAUGCAACUCCGACUGAGCAAGAAAAAGGUGUUUGGGAGGUUGUCAACAGUGUAUUAGAAAAUGCUCCUUCAAUCUUAAAUGCUCUCAAAAAUUAUGGUGGAGCUAGUGAAGAAAUUAGAAUUGCAAUUGGUAACCCUAGAGACGAUGAGUUACAAGAACUUGCUUGGAAAGUUGUUCUUCCAUUGGUUUCUAAACUAAAACUCUUUUAUCAAUAUUCAUUGGAAUUGGAGUCGAUUGUACCUCAACUCUUAUAUGCUCUUUGCGUUGGAAAUGAGCAAGUUGAAACUAGGUUGGGGCAGAAACAAGCAUUAGCAAAACAAUUUGCAGAAGUUUUAAAUUUUACGUUAAAUUUUGAUGAUCUUAAAAUGACAAAUCCAAAUAUCCAAAAUGAUUUUAGUUACUAUAGAAGAACACUUAGUCGAAAGCGAAUGGCAAUUGAUGACAUAGGUGGAGAUGAUCAAGCUGAAGUUUCCACAGAAAUGGCAAAUCGAAUGUCACUUUUUUAUGCUCAUCCUACGCCAUUAUUAAAAACAUUAAGUGAUGCCACCACAAAGUUUGUUUCAGAGAACAAAAAUCUGCCUAUUGAAAACACCACUGACAUGCUUAGUACACUUUCUUCACUUUGCAGGGUAAUGGUUGAAAACGCUGAAAUAGCGCAGAAAUUUGAAAAUGAAGAAACUAAAUUUUUUGUUCUCAGUGUAAUGGUUGGGAUGAUUAUUCUCUAUGACCAUGUCCACCCUGUUGGAGCUUUCGCAAAAUCGUCUGCUAUAGAUAUGAAAGCUUCAAUUAAACUUCUGAAGGAACAACCACAUGGAUCAGUUGAUGCCUUUUUUAAUGCCCUAAGAUAUACUACUAAACACCUGAACGACGAUUCAACACCAAAACAUAUUCGCAUGUUAUUGGCAUAAUUUUUAUUAUAUUUUUGCCAAACAAUGUGCUAACAACGCUUUAUUUUCAAAUAAUGUGCUGAUAACGCUUUAUUUUCAAAUAAUGUGCUGACAACGCAUAUUCAUGAUCGUGUAUUAGCAUUGUAAAUAAAAAUUCUUAGUUAGCUAAUGUAAGAAAAUGUGUAGAUAAUUAUAAUGGAAAAUUUUUAAUGAUA